UAUUUUGGCGCUUGUCUGGCUGAGUUGCACGCCGCUAAGUGGACCGCGCGGAAAACGAACUAAAUCCGAUGGUGUAAAAUACAAAUAAUAGGCGCGUGUGUUAGUUACUUAAGUAUCAUAAAAAAGCAUACUUACAUGCGUGAAUUCACCGCAUCUGUGUGUGUGUAUAGAUGAGUGCGCAGAAUUCACUUUAAUCCAUCACUUCCUUCCCACGCGUUAGGGUUACUUGUAGUUGUGUCAAUGGCCAACCAGCGGCAAACAAAAGUAAAUAAAUUCGCUCACAUACACUACUACAUUGUGAAAUACUGUUAUGAUAAACGAAUAAACAGAAAGUACCAAAAAAUAUUUAUUAGUGAUAAUUUUGACACAUUUUCGCAAUAUUCUGGCAAAGUUGUGACGACUGUGAACGCUGUGGCUGUGUGAAAAUUUCCCCUCCGUUUGAAAUGUCUACAGUUUUUGUAUGCUACUUAAAAAUAUUAACUUUUCUUGUGCUCUUGUGUGAAAGUUGUGCGGCUGCGGAUGUGAGCCAACAGCGAAAUGUAACGGAAGCAGCGAACAGCUGGCAGUAUUUGAUUAAACAUGGAGAGUCCGCAUUGAAAUUUUUAAAAAGCUACGUUAAUGUCACCAUCACCGGAAGCGUACCUGAAUGCAUGGAAUAUCAGUGUAAAGUUUUUUGCGGGAAUACUCGUGCAGACCAACUGAAUAAAAGUAUCGAAAAUGCAUUGUUAGUUAAUGGCACCAAUUGUUCAGCCAUUUUAGAGCUGCGUCUUUAUAAUGUGGAAUUUCCUAAACAGAGAAUUUCAUUUGGAUUUCUCGGUGAAUAUUUUAACAAGGUGCAUAUGCUCUACAUUGGCUCAUCCAAUGUCACCGCCAUUGACGCGGGCGCUUUUAAAGAAGGCAUCUUCAAGGAGAUUCAGUUGGAGAACUUAGAAUUGGAGGAGUUAAACAAGAAAAUGUUCAAGAAUUCUACUACCUUUUUCACGAUACUUUCCAUCAUACAACGGAAUAAACCAAUACAAUUAGUUUGCGACGAUUUUCUGGGUUACAUUAAAUACCAAAUAAAAAACUUCACACUACAAGGCAACAUCAAGCAGAUAACUAAUACGACAGCUUCGAGUAGUUUGCUCAACAGCUUGAGAUAUCUCGAUUUGAGUUAUAAUAAUUUUACCAAUACAUUUACCGAAGAGACGUUCGAAAAGUUGUGGGUCGUAGAAUAUUUGGACUUAUCACACUCGAAUAUACAAUACCUACCCGAUUAUGUGUUUUCCAAAGUCACCGACACACUGUUAUACCUCAAUUUAUCCUAUAAUCAGCUGACCACAAUAAAUUAUUUGAUUUUCGGCAGACACGCAAUUUAUGAUGAUUUAAUUAUCGAUUUGAAUUAUAACCCCUGGAAUUGUACGUGCGACUUGCGCACAGAAAUGAAUUUAAUACUGAUGUUUCAAAGCAAUCCUCCGACAUGUGACGAGCCCAUCGAUUUAGAGAUCGUUUCGGUAUUGGAUGAGCGUGUAUGUCACAGUGAAAUGAAUAUAACUACAAAUUCGACUGCAGUAAUGGCAUCUACAACACAGUAUACGAAACAAACGACACUGAAACCGAUUACUACAAUUGCAGAUUACGACAACGAGUACAUUACGACCCCAACACGAGAGAAUUUAUCAUCGCUUACAACUAACCCGACUUCAAUCACAACUAGUGCUGUUGUUGAUGGCGAUGACGACACAAUAUUGGUACGUUGCCGGGUAGCUGGUGAGGCGACCACUGUGACCUGGCACACCGUUUUGUGGCCCGAAACACAGAUUCAUCUGACAGAACUGCCGAACUUGAGUGUUGAAGUGCUUUUGGAAAUAACCGAUUCGAAAGAAUCAUAUGGUUUGAUUUGGUUUAGUAGCGUUGUGGAUGAUUACUACAGCAUGACAGUUAACUACAAUCAAUAUGGGCUGGGUUGUGUUGGACCCAUCAGCUAUACAACCAUUGUGACCAAUAUGUUACCAAAUACCGCUUACACAUUUUGUUUGCUGCCCAACGAUGAUUUAAAGAUUUCUCCAUAUCACUGUGAUUCACUGCACAUGAAUUCUAAUCUACAAGUGGUCUAUAAUACAUGGUUGUCGCAUGACAUGCGCUUCACGGGCAUAUCGCUGACCGUACUUGGUGUGUUACUUACUUGCUUCUUGGGCAUUGCUAGCGUUUAUAUGCUGCUAAAAUAUAAGCCAAUACUGUUGAAGGGCAGUAAACGUGUGAAAACCACAAGCGCCAAUUCAAUGGAAAUAGUCAUCUUUCCAAAGCAGCGCUCAUUGGAGAAUUUGAAGCUCAAAGAACAGACGUUGGCCCAGCGCACUUCUCACAGCACCUACGACACUUCCAAUAGUAGUCCUACCUCCAACAAUCACAUAAUACGUCGCGAUUCCGUAAUUAGUGUUGAGAGUAAUCAAAGUUAUAUGAAUGCCAACUUAUAUGAAGUAAUACCUGCUUAUCUUCGUCUACAAGAUGUCGCUUCCGAUUAUGAGAAGAAGUCGCUAGAAUUGGAAUCUAUUGACAGUUACAUGUCAACCUUGGCGCCCAAAUACGAAUGCACUUCAGUCAGUUAUGCAGAAGUUUUGCCACGAAACAAGCGUGCCUCAAAUGAUCCACUGCCGGCAUUGCCAACAGCACGGGCGUCUAGUACAACUACUCUAGCGCUGGAGCCCCCUGCAUCAAUGUCAGAAAAUAUGCCAUAUUUAACUGUGACUGAAGCGAUUGAGGUUGCAGAGAGCUGAGAUAAUAAAAUGUAGGGAGCGUGGCGAGUUAAGUAGCGAACAAUACCACUAAAUUGAAACUGUAUCCGUGUAGAGUAUGUAAAUCUAUUUAUGUUAUGUUAACGAUGUAAUAAAGGAG